AUCAUGUUCCAGCUAAAUAUACUCACUGGCACUCUCCGGGGUACACACUUCCAGAAAUCCUCCCCUGUGCAUCUCUCUGCUUAGCCUACACGCAUACAUAGACGUCAGGGGUAACCUUACCAAUCGUGCACGGGUUUGUUCCCUCGAAAUGCACCAUCAGAGUGGGAGUAGGGUGGCAGCACAGCUCUCACUCUGAUUCCAAGUUGGAUGGUGGGGAGCAUUGCGGAUAACCAGCGGAUCCUGCAGCAGGCACGGCUUGAUGGGGCUCAUACCAGGCCAGGGGGUGAUGGUCUAAGGAGUGGCGGGUUGGGAGGGAGGUGCCCGCGCGGGAUGUUGCGCUGGUCGGUGCACCUGGAAGGAGGGCCGCGGAGGGUCAACCAUGCCGCCGUGGCCGUGGGUCAUAAGGUGUACUCGUUUGGUGGGUACUGCUCCGGCGAGGACUACGAGACACUGCGGCAGAUCGAUGUGCACGUUUUCAACACAGUGUCUCUGCGCUGGACAAAGCUGCCUCCAGUGCGCACCGGAGGCAGGGAGCGUGCCCGGGAGGUGCCCUACAUGCGCUACGGCCACACGGCUGUGUUGGUGGAAGACACCAUCUACAUCUGGGGCGGCCGCAACGACACGGAGGGGGCCUGUAACGUCCUGUAUGCCUUCGACGUCAAUCAUCACCGCUGGUUCACACCCAAGAUCUCGGGGACAGUCCCAGGCGCGCGGGAUGGCCACUCUGCCUGCGUCCUGGGCAAAGCCAUGUACGUCUUUGGAGGCUAUGAACAACUGGCUGACUGUUUCUCUAAUGACAUCCACAAGCUGGACACCACUAGUAUGGUCUGGUCCUUAGUCAAUGCAAGGGGCACGCCGGCGCGCUGGAGGGACUUCCACUCGGCCACUAUUAUCGGGACGAAGAUGUUUGUGUUUGGUGGCCGGGCGGAUCGCUUUGGGCCGUUCCACUCCAACAAUGAGAUCUACUGCAACAAGAUCAAAGUCUUUGACACUGAGACAAACCUCUGGCUCAGUACGCCUAACACACAGCUGCUGCCUGAAGGACGCAGAAGCCACUCUGCCUUUGCCUACAAUGGAGAGCUGUACAUUUUUGGAGGCUACAACGCCCGGCUGGACCGCCAUUUCAACGACCUGUGGCAGUUCAACCCAGAGGCUUUAUCCUGGAAGAAAGUGGAGCCCAAGGGGAAGGGGCCUUGCCCACGGCGGAGGCAGUGCUGUUGCAUGGUGGGAGACCGCAUCAUCCUGUUCGGGGGAACCAGCCCCUGCCCAGAACAGGGAAUGGGUGAUGAAUUCAACCUCAUGGAUCACUCUGAUCUUUACAUCUUAGACUUCAAUCCUAAUUUGAAGACCUUAUGCAAACUAGCUGUUAUACAGUAUCGUCUGGAGCAGUCAGGACUCCCACAUGAUAUAAGGUGGGAGCUCAAUGCCAUGACUACCAACAGUAACAUAAGCCGACCCAUCUUCUCCUCUCAUGGCUGAGGAAGGUCUCUGGCCACCACAGCCGCUCACGUUCAGGAACCUGGUCCUCGACUACAGCCUCACAAGGAGUUCUUGGCCUCUGUUGUACAGUGUGGAUCUGGAUUUGAGGGCUGUUUUCCCUCUUCCUGCUCUGAAAGAGUCUAGUUCUGAUUCAGUGACGUCUUUUUUUUUAUCUCAUGACUGGUUUCGCUGCAGUUUUUUGGGGGGUUGCCAAUGAAAGAUGCCUCUCCAUUUUUUUGAGGACCUGACAUAUUGAAGUUGGACAACAGACAGUCUUCUCAUCAAGGGCAGAAAAAAACUUCUCAACACUACAAACACCUCUUAAACAGUAUUCAGUGUUUGCAUUGUUCUCUCACAAUAGAAUUCUUGAAGAUUAUGUUUUGUUUUUCUGAAGGAUCUGGUAUUUUGGUCUCUCCCUCUCAUCUUCCCCCUAAUUUCCUCUCUGUACACGGAGGAGACUGUUCAACAACUGUUCAACUGCUCCGUGUACUGCUGGUGCAACUCAAACUCCUCUUCAUUCCCCCCAGAACCCCAAACCAGUGGUCAGUCCUCCUUGGAGAGGUCAGCAUCUCUGGCAGAACCGCUGGUGUUGCUACAAAAGUUUUUAAAUCAGGUUCUGGAAAAUGGACGCUGACUCUGUAAUAGUUUGUGAGAUUCUGGCUACAGUGCCUGUGAUCACGAGGGCAAAUUUGUCAAGUACAGUCGUGAAAUUGAACUAAUCAGUCUCUCUUCAGAAUUUGGACAGCCUCUCACCUUAAACACACCUUGAGUUUAACAAACAUUCAAGGUACAUAACAAGGCAUAUAAUGGACUUGGAAGACAUGACGAACUUGCAAUGCAUUGGUUUUAUCAGCCUUAUGAGCAGAUCUAUUGACGCCCCCCCUCCCCCGCACCCUUCUUUGAGAUAAUGAGGGAUUUGAAUCUGUGAAUUGCUGUUCAACACGACUGAGUGGCCGUGAGUGCCUUGAAUGAAUUGCGCCAUGUCUCAAGCCAGGACACUACAAUAUCCCUCAUGGUCGACCUUUCGCAGGACAUAUGUCAGGUCAUGGAAAUCAAUCAUUUCGGACCACUUAAAUCAACACAACUAAGAAGCGAGCAAGUGCUGAAAUGUUGAUUAAGCAAGCCAACCCCUUUAUUUGUAAACAGACAAGGUUCCAUGCAUAUUUGGAGAGUUAUCAUCAGAUGUAUUUGAGUGAAAGAGCUAAACAGGCUCGUAUGGAUGCCUUGAACACGACAUAUUAAUCAAUUCCAUUGAGUCUGUUACUUCCCCCCAGGACUGCUGUCACUCCAGACCUCCUAUAUGAACUCAGUGACCCACCUGCUUUUCAACGGCUGUUAUGGACAAAUAACUAAGUGUAGUCUCUAGGGUUUCAACAUAUACUCUAAGCAGUGCAGUCCAGUGGCGGUGUACUCACUGGUGCCAAACAGAAAAAGGCCAUAUGUAGUCAUCAUGACCUGCACAGGUAGAUUAGGCGUUGGAUCUGCCACAGCGAAGGGCAUGUGACGGACAAAUAGUGGCCAACGCUGAUUGGCCAGGGCUCCCAGAAGAGUGCGGCUGUUCCAGGAGAGUAAAGCCAAACACACAUAUUCAUCCUGCUGCAUAUUAGCUGCAUGAGACCGCAAACACGUGAGGGCUUUAACAGAGGGAUCGAAUCCAUACUUGCUUUACACACCAACACACAUACACGUUGAUGCAAGGGCCGCACAUGCAAACAGACAAACACAGCAUCGGUAGUACAUCGCCAGGUUAAAGCUGUGUGUUUGUGUGCGCAGUCUGUUCAGUUGCGUUGUCCCUGGGCGAGUGAGGUGAUGGCUCCAGAGUGGCUUUAUCUGUGUGAUGACGGGGCCCAGAGCAUUUCCUGCAGGUGUUGGCCAUGGUUACACAUCCCAGUCUCAGUAGGCAAUUCAGUUCUCCUCUGUGAAACUUCAAAAGACGACAAAUUGAAAGAGGUUCAAGUGCUGGAUUUGUGUUUGUCAUGAUGUCUUCAGGUAAUUUUAUUUGAUCAACAUGGAAAUGCGGGGUGACUACAUUCAUUUAAAAAAUUAAGAAAAUAAAAAAAAUAUAUAUUUCAGUAACAGGAUAGAUGGAUCAGUGCAUUUUUGUUAAUAUCAGAUGAAAUGAUUGCUCACCAUAAAGAAUUCCUCUUUGAUAUUUACAUUUUGGUGUGUAUUUCUUUUUUAAUUUGUUUUCUAUAUAUCUAUAUAUAUAUUGGAUGACAAUAAAAAUAACAGUAAUAAAGUUUUAAAAUUGCA